AUGCAGUCGCGGGGUGAAAACUCAGCCACUCUCAACCUAGCGCUUUCGACACUCUCCGUGAUGAAUAACGACUCGGGUGCCGACUUAUCAACAAACGAGUCAGAAGGCCAUAACUCCGCUUCUAACUCCGCUUUUGACUCUGCUUCUGACUCCUCCUCCAGGCUAAGGCCACAAUUAAAAAUCUACGAAGAACUUGCGGAUGACUCUGAUGUCGAGGUAGUCCACCACAUUAUCGGUGUACGUCCCUCUCGCUCUAUUGACAACCGCGGAGAUAAAGAACAGAACUGGCUCGGACGCAAGGUGUUCACGCAUCAAUCCUUGUUUAAUCAAGAUGAAAAAGCUUCUCUGGAGACUUAUCGUAUUGUCCAAUCACGACUGAUCCCUCGCUCUGAGGAUUACUUGCAUGACCGAGCGAUUCUGACUUACGAGGGGAAACCGGCCUCAUCUGAGACAGAGAUUCGAUGGGUUCACAUUGAAAGUAGUUACAUGGACCUCGAGUUCUUUGAGCUGGAAGCUCUGCGUCAGCAAAAGAUUCCAGAAGUGACCAGCACAAUUAUCCGCUCAGCAUUCAGAUACCUCCGGCAACGAAAUGAAAAGUUAUACGUGCACGGGAGGUUUCUCGAUCCGACGGCGUUAAGCUUCGUUGCCAGGGAUGAGGAUCCAGAAGGAUUGUUAGUACAAGAAUUGGCAUCGAUUGUAUUCUUAGCUUUUCCGUACUUCACUCUCGAGCCACUGCGUGUCCAAGACCCCACUUCCGCGGAACCGAUACACCCGGUCAGAAGUCUUCUUCAGUAUCAUUAUUCUUUCCAGUCGACUGGGCAGCGAGAUGCAGAUCAAGUUGUUUGUAAAGUUCGAGAGGUGCCGGAUGUGCUUCAUGUGCCCCAGACAUGGGUGCUUCUAGUCAAUGAAGAUUUGAUCCUAAGCAUGGGUCCGAACAGCCUUGAUCAUAUUGGAGGGGAGUAUGUUUCCCUUGAAAAGGCCAAAGCGGGUGCAAUGACCCAGAUCCGAUUGAUCGACUUCGAAGGGAAACAGUACUUUCUGCCAAAACGAAGCUGUAAGACAUGGCUGGAGUUUGUCACCAUGUUUAGCACAGUUGAGAAAGACGAGACAGUGUUGGCUUCCUUCAUGAACGGCUCCUGGAGCGACGAGUACGAGCUACGGCUUGGGAAUGAGCUUAUCUCGGAAGAGAACUGGUCAGAGGCUGUGCUCUAUUCUGAAAAAGAUAUAACAAUCCACAUCGUGGAGAAGCCCCGGCGGACUAUGCCUCAUCAUUUGCGUCCAUCGCGGGAGUAUAGUAGGGCCCAAUCUGACCCCAGACGGAGGUCAUACUCUCCUCGAUCAACAAACUACGACAACAGGAUGAGAAGAAGAUCGUUUAUGAAUUAUGCCUCAAAUACAACACCCGACGACAUUCUCAUUCGACAUUCAGCUUCCAUCAACAAUGGACAUAGAGAGGACAGCGACUUAAUACGCCAAUCCCAUACCGAUGUCGUAAAACGACAUGCGUGGCAAAGCGACAAGAAACCAAUUCGUUUGAAAGAUUUGGAUGGUUUUGAACUGAGCAUCCCCUGGCGUGUUGGUGGAACCUGGCAAAAAAUGCACUCCGUGGUUGAUACAAAGAUGCAGAAGAGCUAUGAGUCUCGGCAUGCUUAUACUAAUGGGGACUAUAUAUUGAAUGGUCCGGAUGGGCCCAUCACGCCUGCAGAUUGGGACGAAAAGAUCAUUCCUGGAUGCACGGUUGAGCUCAAGCUUACUAGACCCGGGACUACUGGACGAAUGUCGAGGCCUCGCUUUCGCUAUAGGUACCCAAGGCCUUUUCCCGACGACGAGAAUUCCGCCAAUACUGCAGCCCAGACAUUUUUAUUUACUCCAAUGCCUCCGGAAAGAAUCGACACAUCCUAUCGAAUAGAGUACCCUAGGACAUCUUCACAUGACGCCUUGGCCCGGGAUGUAGGCUCUCAGACUCCUGGCGAGUCCAACGAAUCCGUCAGCGAUCAAAAUAUCGAGGAUGUUGCGAGUGAGCCCGUUUUAACGACAAGCGCAUUGCAGCAGCCUGAGCCGUCGUCACAUAUGGCUCUGGUUCUCUGGCGACGCCCUGCUCUCAAUUCGGAUACAAACUUUCACACAGCAACUGGCGAACAAUCUGGCGGAGUUCUAAGCCUACCUCGAAGAUCUACUGACUCCCAGAGCUUUGUUGAGGAUAGUAUCCCUACUGAGAGACCCUCCCCCGAUGACUUUGCAGACCAUUUUUUCCCUGUUGGAAGAACCUCAAGCGAUUCUCGGCUUUCAUUUUCAACAACUAGCUCGGAUGAGCCUAUCAGGCAAAACUCAUUAUCACAACAAUCAAGCCCAGAGGAGCCUGCAGCAGACCCGCAGCCAGACAAUGGAACGGAGACAACACCAGUGUGCCCGAUAUUUGCCUGGGAGGUUGCAGGAAGCGAUGAUCUACCGCCUACCCCAAUGGAGACAGGUGCGUCAACGUUUGGGCGCAAAGAUGCGGAUAGGGCUAUUCGCGCUAUAUUGGAAGAACGAGAGGCAGAGGCAACACUGUAUCUCCUGAAGCACAAGCAAGAAAACAACAUUUUGGACUCACUUUCUAGGUGUUCAAGGAGAGAAGUCUUUGCCGAGAUGGAAGUCGCUCGCACUCUUCUAGACCGGUCUUCAACAAUGGAAAGAUCUGCUAGGAAAAGGUCAACGCGGAAAAAGCUAACGGUGAUCACUAACGCGAUUGAGAUUCUGGAUGCGUUCGUACCUGCACAGCAUCAUAAUAUCUAUCAAUAUUGGUUGAUCGAGAAAUUUUACGGCGCAUUGCUAGCAAUGACAUCCAGCUACUUUAGCGAUGCCUAUCUCGACAGAAUUGGCGAUCGUAUAUCCUCAUUUCUCAAACAGAUCAGGCAGAUUCACGCUCGGGUCUCAGGCGGUGAUGAGCAAUCCCGGACCUUCUACCUUCCUAAGGCCUUGGUCGAUGCCUUCAACCCCAUGAUAAUAUACGUCUGCAUUUGCAGUCAGGUGCCGGAUGAGCAUCGACCAGAAUGGGGUCUUCUCCAACGCCACGCGAGAAAAAUCUUGAAAUCUCUUAAGUUUGCCGAAUAUCAGCUCAUUUCAAUGAUCCAUGCUGGCGACUUCAGCGAAGCCAAAGUUUUCCGACGCGUCAAUGCCCAGAACAUCAUGACCAUGGUCGCGGAGCGCCUGGUGCGGAUACCGAAUGAGAAUCCGAAAGGGAUAUCCUCGUCAGAUGGGUUCAAUCUUCUGCAGAUCUAUCGACAGUAUAUCCUGGGUCUGGAACUACAAGUUCGCACAUCUCCAAACGCUGAAAUCUUUGACGAAAUACAACGACUCCGAGAAGAGCUGAAUAUUGUCCACACCGUACUGGACCAGCAGCUGGAGGUCCUUAACAAGCUUCGUAGGGUGUGGACCGGUGUUAGACAUUUCAGUAACCAAGUCAACCUGUCAAGCAUCCGCCAAGGCCGCAGGGUGAUCAAAAAAAUGAAAAGUGAUUUGGAUGAGCUCGAGGAUAUGGCUCGCAGAACAUCUACGCUGCUACGGUCUAUGAUCGAGGUGCGCAAAGAGUCGAAUAGUAAAGCAAUCACCAUCUUCACGGUUGUGACGGUCAUCUUUCUGCCUCUGUCGUUCGUGACCUCCUACCUCGGCAUGAAUAGUAUUGACAUCCGAGACGGCACAUUCAACCAGACCUUGUUCUGGAUUGUGGCCCUUCCUAGCGCUGCUAUUCUCAUCUCCACGUUGUGGAUUUGGUUCCGCAUCGAGUCGGACAAGGAGAGAAACUGA